UAUAUGAUGCUCUCAUCCCUCAUGGCUUUUCAAAUAGGAGUGAUUCUGACAGCUCUCAUAGUGGGUUCAGUAAAUUCGGUUACCGGACAAGUUAGCAGUUCUUGCACAACCUCUAUGAUGAACAGUAUCACACCAUGCGCCAACAUCAUCACAGGAAGCACUAAUAAUAAUGGUUUAAAGCCACCAAGUACGUGUUGUGAUUCACUGAGGUCUUUGAUGAACACCAACACCAACUGUGCUUGCUUUCUGCUCUCUGCCAAUGCUCCAUUUUUCCAACUACCCCUCACCCUUGCCCUCUCAUUUUCACAAGCAUGCAACAUCAAUGGACUUCCUUUGCAGUGCAAAGCUUCUGCUUCUCCUUUGCCAGCUCCAGGUCCUGCAGUUCUUGGGUCGAACGCUCCAACCCUAUCACCCUUAAGCCCACAAGAUUCAAAAAUGGUUGAAGAAGAGAAAUAUCAGAAAGUUCAAUUGUCGGCGGCGUCAGUUCCGGCGGAAGCAGAAGCACCCAGUAGAAGUAGAAUUCCACAGAUCAGACCAGUGUUGACUCCACUUCCUUCGCCAUCUCGUUCAUCUUUUCUCUCAUCACCACCUUAUGAUUUUCUCGUAGGAAUCGUGCUUUUGUGCCUCUAUUCCUAAUUUUUAUUGUACAAUGAAUAACACCAAAACCCUAAUCCAAUCACUCUGCACAACCUGCUUUCUCUAUGUUUCUGCUUAUUCAUACAAAUAAUAAUGUUCUAGUAAAUAGUAAUGAAAGAUUGAAACUUCACGGUCUCAUUUCAUGCAUGGUUUCAAUUUUGGAUACUUUAAGCGACACAAUGUCCGAUUUCUUGAUCGUUUCAUCGUCUGCAUGUUUAUGUGACUCAUCAA